GGUGUAAUCUCUCUCGAAUGUUACUUACGUGUUCUCCAUUUACGUCGCCUCCUUUGCCCGCGCCCACUUCCUUCUUUUCACUAAUUUUAUUUAUUUAUAAUUUAUCUAUUUCAACCUUCUAUUCUCUUGAUAGUUACAGUAUGACCCCUAAUCUUUUCACUUUCAAUCCAAUCAACCCCUGCACACGGCUUUGGCAUUGGCUUUAGGUCUCAGCAGUGCCUAUCAUCAUCUCGGUCGGAGACAAGAAUCCUCGUCACUGCCAUGUCUCAAAUUCAGAGCUUUGAGAAGAAAGAGAGAGAGAGAUCAAUAAUUAUUUAACGGUGGUGAGGCUAAUGAUGAAGGCUGUUGAAAAAAUCUCUGCAAAAUACUUUUCUUCUAUGUAAAGCUUCUCUCUUUCUUUCUCUCUCUCAUCUGCUCCUGUAGUAAGGAAUAGAGAAGAUUAUGGGCCCAAUUUGAAAGUGUAUUUUUUUCCAACUGUGCUCUUCUUUCAUUUGGAGCCAAGGCCACGACGUUGUGGUGGUUGUCAAAUUGGCAUAAAGCUUCCACCUUUUUCACUUGUUUCUCUCUCUCUCUCUCUCUCUCUCACUUUUUUCUUUCAAUUGAGAAUCCUCCAUGAAAACUAAUGGUUCUGUCGGUCAUUGAUAGAUAAGAAGACACUUUUAUUUAUUUUUUAAUAUUUGUCUUUCCCCUUUGAUCCUCUCCUUGUUUGUCAAAAGAUGCCCACCAACACCAACAAAAACAGAGAAUAGAAAAAAAUAUCUCUUUUUUUUUCUCCUUUUUUAAUUGUAUUUGAAUGUUGAACAGUUGAACAAUUCUGUGAUUCCUCUUUUCUCUGUUUUCUUCCGUUGGGUGGUUGUUUGUUCAUCAACCGGGGAAAUUGAAAGCUUUAGUUUUUUUUUUGGAUCGUGUGAUCAUCAAAAGCUUUUUCCUUUUUUUGUUGUUGUUUCUUCCCCUUUUGUUGAUCUGACGGUAUGAUUACGAAAGCUUGGUUCUUUUCCUUUCUGUCGACAAAACCUGCAAAAGUUGUCAGAUGAACAAUGUGGUUGGAACAUUGGAUUAUCAAAGAUACGCUAAGCUUUGUCCUCUGUUUCAAGUUUUAUAAUUGAAAAAAAAACUUGACAAAUUGAUUUCUCUGAAGCUAUCAUUUGCUUAAUCUUCUUCUCUCUCGCCUUGGCUUCAAAGAAAUCCCCAAUUUUUUUCUUCUUCUUCUUCUGACCCGUUUUGUCCGGCGAUCAAAAGGCUGCUUGGUUGAGGAGAAAACUUAAAAAUCUUUGCCAUCAAAAGAAACAGUUUUGGGAACUUGUAGUUUUGACGACAAGUACUUCUUGGUGCUGCAACUUGCAACACUUUUUUAUUUAUUUUUAUAAUAGAGAUGGCUUUGCUCAAACGUAAGCAGCAAACCAGAUGAAAAUUCCAGCUACGAUCGCUGUUGCCCUUCAAUGAAGUUUGGAAUUUUUAAGGAGUUGAGAAGAAUCUAAGCAUUUCUUAAGACACAUCUGGUUAGAGAAAGAUUAGGAAGUCAUGGCGAAGAAAACACAACGUCGUGCAGCUGCUCGACAGGAGAGGGGUCAGUUAGGGUGCAUGUGGGGGUUUAUGAAUAUGUUUAACUUCCGCCAUGGACCACUGGCUCACAAGCUGCUUCUCGACCAAAAACAUGCUGCUGGAAGUCCUAGGAACAAUGAGCUUGACAGAUCCAAAAGCCGCCAAAAGGAUGCUCAAGAAACCAAUGGUGGUGAAGAACGCAAUAUAACGAUAACCAUUAUAAAGCCAAGUGUAAAGAAACUCAUAGCAGAAGAGUUAUCCAUUGACAAGGAAAUCAAGAAGCAGAUGGAGAAUGCUGAAGCAGGACAGUUGUCAGACUCUGAACUCGAAGGAAGAAGAAGGAAAAACCAGAGGAGAAAAAACAAGACCCGCAAGCAAAGCUGCGAUAAUUUUAGCCAUCUAAUUGACAGUGAAGAGCCUCAAGUUCAACGCAGGAACCAUAGGUCUGCAAGUAGUGUUGACAUUGAUAAUAUGAUUGAAGAGUUCUAUUCUGAGAUUCAUCGCAGAAGUACAAGCCGUGCAAAGAAAGACGAAGAUUAUAAAGAAAAACUGAGGGAGUUGGUCAAGUUUUUAAUCAGUCAGAAGCUUUUACAUGGGAACCGUCCCAGAGGAAAUAGUGAAAUCCUCACAUCCAAGGAUUUGAUGGAAGUGUUUCAGAUCCUGGGAUCGGAUGAGGAAUUGUUUCUCAAACUCUUGCAAGAUCCUGAGAUACUUGUGCCAAGGGAGAAAGGAUCAGAGAGCUUGGGCAUGUUGCAGUCAGAACAAUCUUCUAUUGCUGAAAAGAAAUGGUCUAGCUUUUUUAGAAAGAAGGAUACACCACAAGAAGAAUGUGAAGCUUCAGACCGUAUUUUCAUUUUGAAGCCAAGAUCAGCAAGCUUUUCAAGUCCAGACACAGGAAAUAGCCGUGGUUCAUCACCUGAUUCUCAUCUGAUGAGAAACAAAUUGCAGAACGAGAGAAACAGUUCACAUUUCUUUCUUUCUGAGAUCAAGAGGAAGCUGAAACAUGCAAUCAAAAAGGAGCAGCCGGCUGGGGGGUUUGGGGAAGGGUUUCCGAAAACUAAAGAUCAUUUCUUUCUCGAGCGGAUGGCAAAGCCUUCAACGUCUCAGAAGAAAUCUCAUAAUGAAGAUGAUAAAAAGAAAAGGUUAUCUAACAUUUACACAGAAGCCAAGAAACAUCUUUCUGAGAUGUUAAACGAUGGAGAUCUUGAUUCGAAGUCAACGAGCAGACAGGUUCAAAGAAGCCUAGGGAGAAUACUCUCCUUUCCUGAGUACUUGUCUCCUCUAAACAGCCCCGGAAGAAGAUGGGAGAAGAGCUCAGCUACUCACAAAAAGUCUGCUUCAGCAGAUUUCACAAAUCUUGUGAACAUCAAGAAAGAAACUCAUCCAAGCCAACCAGAGGAUAAUGCUGAUAUUCAGGCCUGCAAUCUAAGCAAAGAACCUGAAGAUUCUAUCCAACCAACCGCAAGUGAAGCUCCUAAUAAAAUUGUUGACAUGGAGGAUGAAACUGCUAACGAAGAUAAAAUCUCUUCUGCAGGUUCUGAAGAUAACGUAAUGAUUCUAAAUGAGGUAGAUGAAGUCCCAGAGGAAACAAGCUCUACACUGGAUGGUGACGUAUCCAAAGUUGAAGCUCAUGAUGAACAGAGAGACGGUAUAAUCUCAAAACAGACCUCUCAUGAAGAGAGCCAACAACCACCACUGUCUUCCUCUGUGGCCUCACCGUCUCACUGUUUAGCUAAAACUGAGGAAUGCAAAUCUGCUAAUACUGAUUCUCCGGAGUGGUCAAGCCCAAUAUCAGUUCUUGAGCCACUCUUCGUUGAAGAUGAUAUAAGCCCAGCAAAAAUGAGAUCUCAGUCGGGUGAAGCAGAGGUGCAACCUUGGUGUAUCCACUUCGAUGAAAAAAAUCCUACAACUAUAAACCGAGAGAAUUCUGUCACAAGUGACAAAGAAUUGGUGUUUGAGUAUGUAAAAGCUGUCUUGGACGCAGUGGAAUCAGACUUCAAAGAGCUCUAUCUGAAGGCCCAAUUCUCUGACCAGCUUCUUGAACCGGCACUUAUCAGCAAUAUACCAUUCUGUCCAAAUCAGCUUUGUCCUGACCAUGAGCUCCUCUUUGACUGCAUCAAUGAAGCUCUCAUGGAGUUAUGCUGUUGUCCACCAUGGACUUCGUUUGUUUCACCUAGAACCCGAGUCUUCUCUACCGUCAAAAGCAUCAUUCACGAAGUGCAAGAAGCGGUUUACUGGCAUCUCAUGCCAUUGCCACUCCCUCACGCCUUGGAUCAGAUAGUUAGAAAAGAUAUGGCUAGAGCUGGAAACUGGUUAGACAUCAGAUGUGACAUUGACUGCAUUGGCUUUGAAACUAGUGAACUGAUUCUCGACGAGUUACUCGAAGAGCUCACUCUCAACUCUCUCAACAACACUGAGCACUCUCUGGUUCCACCUGAGUUGGAAAUCGAUGAGAGCAUCCUUAUUCUAUAAAGGUCGUGAAAACUUACAUCUCCCAAUACUCUUCUUCAAGAAAAAGCCAUUGUUGAGACAGCUGCAAGCUCUGAACAUAGCCUCACAGUCACCAUUGCUAAUAUUCUAGCACAGAACCAUGUAGAUACUUUGUAUUACUCAGACAAUAACCUCACAGAGUUCCUGUCUGAUUAAAACUACUGAAAGGGAGAGGGAGGAAAUAAGAUCCUUUCAAGACCAGACCAGAAACUGUUAGUGGUGGGGUCAUCAUAGAGAAUCACUUUCAAAGACAGUCUUCUUUUAGGAUAUUUUUAUAGGAAAAGAUUUUUAUUUAUUUUAGAGAGUGUUUGUGUGUGAAGAAGAUCGAGAGAGAUGUGAUAGUGUUUGUUUUAAGUCGGUUUCAUUGAUUAUUAUUUGUGUGUAAUAUUUUCAGAAUCUGACAUACAAUGUAUUAUGGAUUAGGAGUAUUAUGACCUGGUGAUAAUUUUAAACUAUUUUUAUUUUUA